AUGGGGGAGAGACUGGGCCGCACAACCCCUCUUUUGUCCCGUGGCCGUACGUUCGGAUGGUCCACCUCCAGCAACAGCAUCAAGCUGAAGACCUUCGGCCACAACGGCCACGAGUUCCCGGUGCCGAGCCCGACCCACAGCCUGGAGGAGGCAGCAGCGUCCAGCGCGUCCCGCUCUCCUGUUUCACUGGAACCGGAGCCCGCGGUGAAUAAUGGAUCAAGCGCAUCCGGCGCUCCGGGUGGCUUCACAAAGGAUCCACCGGCGCACAGCGAGCGCUUCCAGCCCGUCUCCAUCUCCAGCGUCCCCAACGCCCGCUACACGCGCAGCCCCUACCACACCAAGACUAGCAUGCAGGGCGAUGUGUACAACUUCCUAGAGAGACCCGCCGGCCUGAGGUGCUUCAUGUAUCACUUCCUCGUGUUUCUCAUGGUCCUAGUGUGUCUGAUAUUCAGUGUCCUGUCCACCAUCGAGCAGUAUGCAGACUUCGCCUCAGGAUUGCUCUUCUGGAUGGAGAUCGUGCUGGUGGUGUUUUUCGGGACGGAGUACGUGGUCCGGCUGUGGUCGGCCGGCUGUCGGAGCAAAUAUGUGGGCAUUAAAGGACGUCUGCGCUUCGUCAGGAAACCCAUCUCCAUUAUAGAUCUGAUAGUGGUCGUCGCUUCUGUCGUGGUUCUGAGCGUCGGGUCCAAUGGGCAAGUGUUUGCCACGUCCGCAAUCAGAGGGAUCCGGUUCCUCCAGAUAUUGCGUAUGUUGCAUGUGGAUCGUCAGGGUGGAACAUGGAGGCUUCUGGGAUCAGUGGUUUUUAUUCAUCGACAGGAGCUGAUCACCACGCUGUACAUCGGGUUCCUGGGUCUGAUCUUCUCCUCAUAUUUUGUGUAUCUGGCGGAGAAGGACGCAGUAGACGAGGAAGGGAAGACGGGGUUUUCCAGCUACGCUGAUGCUCUAUGGUGGGGUGUGGUUACGGUGACUACGAUAGGCUACGGAGACAAAGUCCCUCAGACGUGGAUUGGGAAGGCCAUUGCCUCCUGCUUUAGCGUGUUUGCCAUCUCCUUCUUUGCUCUGCCUGCGGGCAUUCUGGGAUCGGGCUUUGCUCUUAAAGUCCAGCAGAAACAGAGACAGAAACACUUUAACCGGCAGAUUCCCGCCGCAGCCUCUCUCAUACAGACGCUGUGGAGAUGCUACGCUUGCGAGAAGGCCAACGGGUGUACGGCCACGUGGAAGAUGUACGUGCUGACGGGCGACUACAUUCCCAUCAUACACUCGGAAAACUCCAGUCCGGGCAACUUCAGACGGCUGAGCAAGCGAUACAAGCGGAAGCCCAAGGCCGCGCGUGAUAACGGUUCUCUGGGUCCCGGAGGAGAACGAGCCAUUUCCAUCCCGCAAAUCACCUACGACCACAUCGAUGAUAAAGACGCGGUCUUCUCAGACGAGUCCUCAGGCUUCACAAAACUUUUCCGAUCGUCAGUUAAGAAAAAGUUGGAUGGCCCCGUCAUCUCCCGAAACAACAGUCUGGUGGAUGAACUGGACUUCACUGGAGAAGACAUCGCUCUACCUGUAGUAACAGACGCUUCGCAUCUGUUGAGUAGCCCGUUUGUGGCAAAAGUAGAAGAAUCAGUCUCUACUCAGCAUCUGAAUACAACAAGUCUCGGAGCGAUUGAUAGCGUUUCCAAACCCUCACAGGUGCUGGAGUGGCAGUGGAGCGCUGGAACACGGUUUGUUGUUUCUGGAGCGUCGGAGAGGAGAGGAGUGUGGCUGGACUCCUCACAGCUGACACUUUCAGGAAACACUCUUUCAGGGCUGGAAGAGAGGGCUGAGCUAGGCCUGUACCCGCUGAACAUCGAGAUCCAGAAGAGAUGUGUUCAGUUCUGGCAUCACCUCCAUCAGUCUGAUCCAGAGUCAGUCCAAUAUAAAGCCCUCCUCGCCAAUGAAAGCUCAGCAGAACUGAGCGACACUGUCAAAAUGUCCUUCUUACUGGGAGAAGAUGUUAAUACAGGUGCACUAGCGGCUAAAUAUGUGCUAGCUAUUCACAACGCCAGAGACAGCUAA